GGGUCACGGCGGGGGUCAGAGGGUAAAGGUCUUGCUCCCAGCAGCCUCAGCGGUGGAUACGUCGCCAUCUUGGAUCCGCGGGACAAGAAAAUUCAUGCGAGGGAGAACUGGUGGGCGGUCCUUCCUGUGACACGACCCUUGAGUGACAGUUCUAUUUGAUUGCCUCCAGUACUGUGAGGAAAGGACACGACUCUAUGGUGAGGACUGAUGGACAUACAUUAUCUGAGAAAAGAAACUACCAGGUGACAAACAGCAUGUUUGGUGCUUCAAGAAAGAAGUUUGUAGAGGGGGUCGACAGUGACUACCAUGAUGAAAACAUGUACUACAGCCAGUCUUCUAUGUUUCCACAUCGGUCAGAAAAAGAUAUGCUGGCAUCACCAUCUACGUCAGGUCAGCUGUCUCAGUUUGGGGCAAGUUUAUACGGGCAACAAAGUGCACUAGGCCUUCCAAUGAGGGGGAUGAGCAACAAUACCCCUCAGUUAAAUCGCAGCUUAUCACAAGGCACUCAGUUACCGAGCCACGUCACGCCAACAACAGGGGUACCAACAAUGUCACUUCACACGCCUCCAUCUCCAAGCAGGGGUAUUUUGCCUAUGAAUCCUAGGAAUAUGAUGAACCACUCCCAGGUUGGUCAGGGCAUUGGAAUUCCUAGCAGGACAAAUAGCAUGAGCAGUUCAGGGUUAGGUAGCCCCAACAGAAGCUCGCCAAGCAUAAUAUGUAUGCCAAAGCAGCAGCCUUCUCGACAGCCUUUUACUGUGAACAGUAUGUCUGGAUUUGGAAUGAACAGGAAUCAGGCAUUUGGAAUGAAUAACUCCUUAUCAAGUAACAUUUUUAAUGGAACAGAUGGAAGCGAAAAUGUGACAGGAUUGGACCUUUCAGAUUUUCCAGCGUUAGCAGACCGAAACAGAAGAGAAGGAAGUGGUAACCCAACUCCAUUAAUAAACCCCUUGGCUGGAAGAGCUCCUUAUGUGGGAAUGGUAACAAAACCAGCAAAUGAGCAAUCCCAGGACUUCUCAAUACACAAUGAAGAUUUUCCAGCAUUACCUGGUUCCAGCUAUAAAGAUCCAACGUCAAGUAAUGAUGACAGUAAAUCUAAUUUGAAUACAUCUGGCAAGACAACUUCAAGUACAGAUGGACCCAAAUUCCCUGGAGAUAAAAGUUCAACAACGCAAAAUAAUAACCAGCAGAAAAAAGGGAUCCAGGUGUUACCUGAUGGUCGGGUUACUAACAUUCCUCAAGGGAUGGUGACGGACCAAUUUGGAAUGAUUGGCCUGUUAACAUUUAUCAGGGCAGCAGAGACAGACCCAGGAAUGGUACAUCUUGCAUUAGGAAGUGACUUAACAACAUUAGGCCUCAAUCUGAACUCUCCUGAAAAUCUUUACCCCAAAUUUGCAUCACCCUGGGCAUCUUCACCUUGUCGACCUCAAGACAUAGACUUCCAUGUUCCAUCUGAGUACUUAACGAACAUUCACAUUAGGGAUAAGCUGGCUGCAAUAAAACUUGGCCGAUACGGAGAAGACCUUCUCUUCUAUCUCUAUUACAUGAAUGGAGGAGACGUAUUACAACUUUUAGCUGCAGUAGAGCUUUUUAACCGUGAUUGGAGAUACCACAAAGAAGAACGAGUAUGGAUUACCAGGGCACCAGGCAUGGAGCCAACAAUGAAAACCAAUACAUAUGAGAGGGGAACAUAUUACUUCUUUGACUGUCUUAACUGGAGGAAAGUAGCUAAGGAGUUUCAUCUGGAAUACGACAAAUUAGAAGAGCGGCCUCACCUGCCAUCCACCUUCAACUACAACCCUGCUCAGCAAGCCUUCUAAACAAAGACUUCCCUUUUCUUGGGGUAUGGCUGUCUCAGCACAAUACUCAACAUAACUGCAGAACUGAUGUGGCUCAGGCACCCUGGUUUUAAUUCCUUGAGGAUCUGGCAAUUGGCUUAUGCAAAGGGUCACCAUUUGAGGUCCUGCCUUACUAAUUAUGUGCUGCCCAACAACUAAAUUUAUACUUUGUUUUUCUCUAGUUCGAGCAGGGUCUGAAUUUUUUUCAUUUAUUUUCUUUUUUGCCAGCAGACAGACUUGAGUCUAUAAAGACAAGCAAGUACACUGACAGAAGUUUACCAUUUAGUUUCUAAAAUGUAAAAAAAAAAAAAAACCACAAAAGACUCCACAAAAUUAGACCACAAAAUUUGCAUUGUUCAUUGUAGCACUAUUGGUAAUAAAAUAACAAAUGUUUGUGCAUUUUUAUGUGAAGAUCCUUCUCGUAUUUCAUUUGGAAAGAUGAGCAAGGUCUGCUUCCUUCAUUUUACUUCCCCUUCUGUUUUUGAAAGGCAGUUUCGCCAAGCUUAACGCAAGAAUAUCUGACUGUUUAGAAGAAAGAUAUUGCCACAAUCUCUGGAUGGUUUCCAGGGUUGUGUUAUUACUGAGCUUCAUCUUUCCAGAAUGAGCAAAACACUGUCCAGUCUUUGUUACGAUUUUGUAAUAAAUGUGUACAUUUUUUUUAAAUUUUUGGACAUCACAUGAAUAAAGGUAUGUAUGUACGAAUGUGUAUAUAUUAUAUAUAUGACAUCUAUUUUGGAAAAUGUUUGCCCUGCUGUACCUCAUUUUUAGGAGGUGUGCAUGGAUGCAAUAUAUGAAAAUGGGACAUUCUGGAACUGCUGGUCAGGGGACUUUGUCGCCCUGUGCACUAAAGGGCCAGAUUUUCAGCAGCCAAGGACAUCCAUACCCAAGUGAAUGUGAUGGGACUUAACGAAGUGAACUGAGACAAUUCACUCUGGCUGUUUGAACAGCAGCGUUUCAUAGGAAGAGAAAAAAAGAUCAAUCUUGUAUUUUCUGACCACAUAAAGGCUUCUUCUCUUUGUAAUAAAGUAGAAAAGCUCUCCUCA